AUGUGCCAUUCGGAAAAGCUUGCUACGAUUAAGCAGUUGAAACUAUGCAUGAAUUGCUUUUCCAAAGGACAUAUUUUGAAGGAUUGCAAGAGCACUUUUAAUUGCCAAAAAUGCAAUAAGAGGCACAAUACUCUUUUACAUCGGAAUGGUAGCGAGGAGGAGAUUGAACCUUCUGGAACCCAAGAACUACAGUCCACUUCAAAUACCGAGUCUGAGACUCCAAUUCAGUCCUGUUUUGCGACGAAUUCUAAGUCCGUGCUUCUGGGAACGGCAAUUGUUCAUAUAGUUUAUAAUGGUGAAAUAUCCAAGGCCAGAGCUUUACUUGAUUCAGGAUCGGAGGCGUCGUUCAUAUCCGAACGUAUGUUCAAUAUGUUGAAGCUUCCAUCCCGACGUACCGCUGCUCAUGUUUCCGGCCUCAACGAGACCGUCUCCGCCAGGUCUCGAAAGGUGUGUUCGCUUAAACUCAGUUCCCCGGUUGAUUGCAACUUUUCUUUAGAUGUUUCCGCUUUCGUAAUUCCAAAACUUACUUCGUGUUUGCCUACGUUUUCAGCUUCCAAAGAAAUGUUUUCGAAAUUACCAGAAAUCCAUCUGGCAGAUCCCGAUUUUUAUCGAUCGUCUUAUGUUGACAUUCUGAUAGGGGCAGACGUCUUUCCGAUUGUAAUGCUUCAAGGGGUUAUUAACCCUGUAUGUGGUACUCUUAUGGCCCAAGAAACGAGAUUUGGUUGGAUCUUAACGGGUCCAAUCCAAACUGAGUCCAUUUCUGUUUUUCAAACCACAGUCUUAAUGGCGAACGAAGCUGCCUUGGAUCAGCAAAUUUUAAGGUUUUGGGAAAUGGAGGACAUUCCCAAGGGGACUUAUAUGUCCGAGUCUGAUAGAUAUUGCGAGGUGAAUUUCUGUAGGACAACAAGACGAGAUAGCUCUGGUAGAUUUGUUGUAACGCUCCCUUUUAAGCCAGAAUAUCCGACCGAAAUUCGACUUGGCGAGUCUAGAAAGAUAGCACUGGCACAAUACAUUCGCAAUGAAAAUAGACUAUCAAGAGACCCUCAACUUAAAAGGCAGUAUGAUGACGUUUUGUUAGAGUAUAUCCAACUAGGGCACAUGAAGGAAGUUUCAUCCAUUUCCGAAUCUCCAGAAGUCCAAAUCCAUUAUUUGCCCCAUCAUGCCGUUGUUCGUCCUGACAGCGUUACGACCAAGGUCCGUGUUGUUUUCAACGCGUCCAACCCCACUUCCAACGGGUUAAGUUUAAAUGACAUCCUCCAUCCAGGACCACCCUUGCAACGUGACCUUUGCAUUCUAUUGCUGCAAUGGCGGCUAUACAAAAUCGUUUUCAGCAGCGACAUUGAAAAAAUGUAUCGCCAAAUUUGUGUAGAUCCAAAACACAUACCAUUCCAAAGAAUUCUGUUCCGGAAAUCCCCCCAGGAGGAUGUACAAGAAUUCGAACUGCAGACAGUAACGUUUGGUGUAAUUUGUGCACCAUUUUUGGCCCUCCGUACUAUUCAACAGUUGGCUUCCGAUGUUAAGGAUUUAUAUCCUUUGCCUAGCGGGGUGUUGAAUUCUAGCAUGUAUGUUGAUGAUGUCCUCGGUGGAAGUCAUGACAUAAACUCCGCUGUUGAAUGCCAAAAACAGUUAAUUGACGCAUUGAACUCUGCUGGCUUCUCCUUAAGGAAAUGGGUGUCAAACUCCAAGGAUUUCCUUCAAUUCAUUCCAAAAUCAAACCUUCUUAGCAAUGAAUUCCUCGAGUUUGAGGAUUCGAGUAAGGCGAAAAUGUUAGGAACUUUUUACGAGAAUUAUCCAAAAAUUGAGAACAUCCAGAUUCCACGUUGGGUGUGUUAUACGCCAGAGAGCGAUAUACAACUUCAUGGAUUCUGCGAUGCCUCAGAGAAGGCAUACGCUGCAUCGCUCUAUCUUCGGGUUACAACUCCCAAUGGCGACAUAAUCACACAUCUUUUAAUCUCCAAAUCUCGGGUAGCCCCGUUAAAAACGAUAUCUAUUCCGAGGCUCGAGCUCUGUGGGGCAUUGCUACUGGCACAAGCCAUCGAAUCUGUUUCAGGCUCUAUUCCCAGCUGCAAAGUGUUUUGCUGGACAGAUUCGAUGAUCGUUUUGGCCUGGUUAAAGAAACCUCCAUUUCUAUGGAAAACGUUUGUCGCCAAUCGCGUCUCGAAAAUUGCUGCAGUCGUGCCUGCCGACAAUUGGGCUCAUGUCCAAUCAGGCGAUAACCCAGCUGAUUUGGCUUCUCGUGGGGCUUUCCCUCAAGAUUUAUUUCAGAACGAUCUGUGGUGGUAUGGUCCAUUUUGGCUAAGGCUACCUUCCAGCUUAUGGCCAAUUCAAAUGUCAGGUGACGUCGAUGGGACAAAGUUAGAAGCCAAAAUCAUUCAUUCACAUUUUGCUUAUUUCCAAAAAUAUGAGGAUCUAUUGGAUCGAUUCUCAUCACUCGGAAGAGCUCUUCGAGUGAUGGCCUUUGUAUAUCGUUUUAUUGCAAGGUGUAGAAUAUCCAGGAGUGGACAAACAAUUCCCAACUCUGGACCUUUAACGAAUGCUGAAAUACAAAAUGUUCAAUCCCAAUUUGUGAUUUUAGCUCAGAAGGUUAUUUAUCCACGCGAGUAUCGAGCUCUUUCCAAUGGGGAUAAAAUUUCAGUAUCUAGUCCACUUUGUAACUUGAACCCCUUUUUGGAUGUUAAUGGCCUCAUGAGAAUUUCUAGCCGUAUUGUGAGCUCCGAGUGUCUAUCGUACAGCGAACGUUUCCCCAUAAUAGUACCGUACAAAUGCACAUUCUCCGUGCUAUUGGUGAAGUUCAUUCAUUCCGUUACACUUCACGGUGGAAACAGUUUGAUGCUCCGUAUGUUGCGCCUCCAAUUUUGGAUACCUAAAGCCAAAAUCCUAAUAAAAGCCUGCAUACACAGAUGUAAAAUAUGUGUAAUUUCGAAACACAAACUUCAGACGCAGCUAAUGGGAACACUUCCUCGGGAGCGUACUACGCUUAGUCGGCCCUUUACUAAUACAGGAAUCGACUUUGCGGGACCUUUCGACAUCAAAAACUAUGCGGCUAGGUCCUGCACCAUUACUAAGGGCUACGUAUGUCUAUUUGUAUGCUUUGCUACUCGAGCCAUACAUUUGGAAUUGACAAGUUCGUUAACUACUCCAGAAUUCCUAGCGGCCUUCCAUCGGUUUGUCUCCCGUCGCGGCUGUCCAUCCAAACUCUUUUCGGAUAAUGGGAAAACUUUUGUGGGAGCCUCCAAGGAAAUUGCUAGAGACUUUUUCCAAAAUUCUCGUGACAUGACGUUGUCCCAGUUUUCUCACCAAUGUUUGACAUGGCAUUUUAUUCCACCAGGGGCCCCUCACAUGGGCGGCCUAUGGGAAGCUGGCGUAAAAAGUUUUAAGAUCCAUUUCCGAAAAUUGGCUGGGGCUCACAAAUUUACUUUCGAGGAAUUUACAACUAUACUUUCUCGGAUAGAAGCUUGCCUUAAUUCGAGGCCAAUUUCCCCAAUGUCCGAGAAUCCAGACGAUUUGAUUGCCCUCACACCCGGCCAUUUUCUUAUCGGGGGUCCAUUACUUUCUCCAGCCGAACCUAAUGAGAUAGAGACUAAUCUUUCAAUCCUCAACAGAUGGCGACGAGUUGUAGCUCUUUCUCAGCAAUUCAGUAUUCGGUGGAAACACGAAUACUUAAAAGAAUUGCAUAAACGUAUAAAAUGGAAAAGACCGCAGCCAAAUAUUGAGGUCGGCGCGAUGGUCGUGGUAAGGGAUGACUGCUUACCACCAAACGAGUGGAAAUUAGGUAGAAUUUCCAAAAUUUAUCACGGAAAAGACAAUUUGGUUCGUGUUGUGGACAUUGUCACGCAAAAGGGUACAAUUACUAGACCUUUGUAUGCCGUCCAUAAAAUCGCGUCUCAAUCCCAAUCCUUCUGA